GAAGAAGACUUGCAGUGUUUAUUUUUUACAUACACUCUUGGUUGCCAGUUCCCCAAUUACGGAUUACAUUGUUUCUGGAACAUGUCCAGUUGUGUUGUUUUUUUGUUUAGAAGCUUUUAUUAGUGAUUUCUCAUGGUACAAAGUGCCGUUCUCUUUUGCUCUGUUAACAUCUAGCUAUGCUGUCUGUGACGCCUGCGCAAUAUGCUCGUGUUGACGUCGUGGCGUGUAUCAGGUGCGAUCUAGCGUUUACACGCAGCACUGCGUAUAAUCAUCAGAAUUUGGCGCGAGGUAGUUAGUUACAUGCUGAAGAGUUUACGCGCAGUUUGAUUUUUGCACCACAGCGACUAUCGGAGCACCACUGUUUAGAAGACCGCCCGUCGUUAAAACUGGAUUAUGGUCUGUGUGAUAACGUUACUUAAUUCUACUUUAUCUAACGACGAACUGUCCGUUACAGCACGUAAUUUGACUAUAACGUCUGUUCUAGGACCUGUUCUACAAAUGAGCUAUCUAUCAAAGGAUCAAGAAGAUUGAUACUGAUAUCUGACAAUUGGCCGACAACCUGUUAAGCAGGAUGUUCAGGAUGUCAGAUCUCUCCUAAUCUAGACACACUCACUAUCUUCAAAGAAAAGAACUAAAAAGUCCUGACACAAUGUCUGUGGCCGUGGAAACCACAGUGUCCAGGAUGCCUCUCCCUCUUCCCACCCACUUCUCCCAUGCAGAGCAGUCCUUUUCCCUCAAAAAGCGCCGUCUCCCUUUUUCCUCGUUGUCUACAUCCAACUCAUCCUACUGUUCACCUGCCCAGCUCUCCCAUUCUCUGCCCCCGCUGCCACCAUCCAAGGGAUGUCCCCCUCUGAGCAGGAUGUUCCCCCAGCAUCCAUCCCCAUGGACCCCCCUGUCAUGUUCCCUUAGUAAGUCUCCCGCUCCGAAUUCUGUAUAUGAUCCCAGCAAACAGCAGUCCUAUUUCAGUCAGUGCUACACUAAUUUGGGCCUGCUGGGAAGAGGGUCAUUUGGAGAGGUAUACAAGGUGCAAAGCCAUGAGGAUGGUCGGCAGUAUGCAGUCAAGCGCUCUGCUCAUCGCUUUAGGGGCAACAGUGAGAGGAACCGUAGCGUGAGGGAAGCCAGGAACCACGAGCGCCUCUGUCCUCACCCUCACAUCCUGAAUUUUGUGGCAGCCUGGGAGGAGUGUGGCCGACUUUACAUCCAGACAGAGCUGUGUAGCACCAGCUUGCUGCUCCAUGCUGAGAACCAGUCUCCUGGCCCAGAUGAGCCUGCAGCAUGGGCCUACCUGUGCGAUCUCCUUUCAGCACUGCAACACUUGCACUCUCAUGGUUUUGUGCAUCUCGACCUGAAGCCUGCCAAUGUCCUUAUUACUGACUCUGGCCGCCUCAAGCUGGGGGACUUUGGGCUGCUUUUUGAGCUCAAACAGAAGAGUACAGAGUCUGUAGAGGGGAAAGUGAAAGACGACAUCCAAGAAGGAGAUCCAAGAUACAUGGCCCCUGAGCUGCUCCGUGGGGAAUACGGUCCUGCUGCAGAUGUUUUCAGUUUGGGUGUUUCUAUUCUGGAGCUUGCCUGUAAUAUGGAAGUUCCAAAUGGUGGAGAGGGCUGGCAACAGCUCAGACAAGGCUGCCUCCCCUCAGAGUUUACCAGUGGCCUGUCAACUGAGCUACAGACAGUACUGCGGGUGAUGCUGGCCCCAGAACCAUCUGAGAGGCCGACAGUCUCUGAGCUUCUUGCUCUCCCCUCUGUUAGGAAACACAGGUGGAAGAGGCGCAUCUACCUUGUGGUCGUCGAGACUAUGCUGACACUGGUCUCCCUCUGUCAGUUGGUGUUGUGCUUUGGGUGUAGGCUCCUCUCCUCCCUUCACUUGUCCUUUCUUCCUCACUGGACAAAGCCAGUGCCCUGCACUCCUCCGAAGGGUAGCUGGGACAAGGAUUUAACCCUGCCCCUCAGUGCCAUGCAUGCUGACUCUGGGAGCCCAGAGGAUGAUACAGUGUUUCUGUUGGAUCCUACAGACCCAGAGCUUUCCCCCACCUUCUUACACAGGGUCAAAUCCAGACUGUCUGUGGAAAGCACAUCUACUCCCCUCCCAGGUUCACCGACACUCAAUCAUCGAAGUCCUGCCCGCACACCCACUCAUUCAAAUCUGGGUGAUUGGUCCUCCUGUAACUUAGGGCAGACCCCUUCCAGCAUCCACUCAAAUGGUUGCUGCCACACACUGACACCCAGUGCGAGUCCCAUACACGCAGAGCUUUGUGCAGAUCGCACGAAUGAAAACUCCACACAGAGCCGACAUUCUUCAUCUACCAAGUCCUCGCAGCGACGCGGCCGCAACAGUGUCCAAACGGAGGUGGUUUUGCCCCGACCCAACUUUGAACCAAAGAACCUGCUCAGUCUGUUUGAGGAUACGACUCUAGAGGAACUACCAUGAGUACAAGACCGCCAGUUUACAUACAGGGGAAAGGUGUUUUCACUUUAAAAAUAACGGGUGAAGAGGAACUGAUACGUAUGAAUGUACUUAGUUUGUAUGAACUGUUUGUGCCAUUUUGUAACAGUCUUACAGCCGCUUAUUUUAAUGUGUAUUUGAAAAGAAAUUAUUAAGGGACAAAGGGUUGAAUAUGUAACCAGACCUUAAAGCACUUUUUAUGUUUGUGUAAAUGCAAUCUGUUGCUGAAAUGACAAGUCAUGAUGUAUUGUUUAAUAAGUUAUCAUUAGCUUGGUGUACUCUGAGUCAUUUACCUCAUGAGUUACAGAAGAAAAUAAAAUCUGAAUCUAA